AUGGCGGAACGGGGGGUGGCCCUCAAGGAGGAGCCCCUGCCCUCCCUGCUGCGCGCCCUGCCGCCGGCCCCCAGCCCCAAGCACGCCAAGCGCCCCUGGCACGACGCCGGCGGCGGCGGCGUCGGGGAGGGCUCGCCCGAGGUGCUCUCGCUGCAGCGGCGGCUGAUGGCGGUCGUCAGCGGCGACCCCAAGCUCCAGGCCCUGGCGGCGGACGCCUUCAGGUCGUUCCUGCGCGCCUACGCUGUGCACCCCUCCCACCUGAAGCCCAUCUUCCGGGUCAAGGCGCUCCACCUGGGCCACGUCGCGGCCAGCUUCGCCCUGCAAGAGCAGCCCUCGGCGCUGGGCGGCAGCGGGGCCUCCAAGGAGCGCAAGCGCCGCAAGGCCGAGGCGCGGUUCGAGGAGGCCGCGCGGGGCAAGAAGAAGAUGCGCGCCAGCGCCAGGGCCGCCGCCGCGGGCGGGCGGUGA